AUGGCCUCGAAAAUGAAUGAAAAGGCAUUCUCUUUUUUGUCAAAUAUAUCUUUAAAUCCAAAAGCUGCUGCUCCGCCGACACAAAUAGGUAGCAAGUCAUCAUCAUCAUCAUCGUCAUCAUCGAAAUCUAGUUCAAAGAGUAGAAAGUCUUUAUCAAGUGAAGCAAGCACGCAGCAGCAACAACAGCAACCACCACCACCGCCGCAGCAACAGCAAAUCUUCUUGACAAACUACACUUCUAAACCAAUAACAAAUGUAAAGGAUACAUCAUCAUCGUCGAGAGACGUCAGUGGAGGUGGAACAACAGGUCGCAGCAAUUCAGUGUCAACCAAACAGACUUGGAUCUACAGCAUUGCAUCGACCAUCUACAGAUCAAUCAACGCAAGUGUCGGUACAACAGUGGCACUGAAUUGCAAGCAAAAGAAUGUACUCUUGAAGCGUGGCGAUCAAUUCUAUUUCUCAAUGAUCAUACCAACCAAGAUAGACAGAAUCGUUGCGCUGGCCACCGUCUCACAGGAGCCAACAGCCGACCAAAAUGGCACCAAGAUAAUACUGACGUUUGACAAGCUCUUCCAAGAACCAAUUCCGCGUGACUUUUUCUCGUCGUCGCAGCAACUCUCUGACAUUGUCCAAUCAAAGUCGACCUUCACCAAUAUAUCGGACAGUCAACUACCUGUAUUUACCAAUCUCUUAAAUUCUUAUUUCGUAAGAAAAAAACCAAUUAAAGAAGCACAAAACUUUUUAUCUGGUAUUUCAUUAGGACCUUCUAUAACUACCAAUAAUAACAAUAAUCAACCAAACGAUAAUGUAAAUGCAAACACACAAAACAACAACAACAACAACAACAAUCAAUUGAAUGCUAUCGCUGAAAGUUCAAUGGUUUCUUCGAAUAUACCACUCGCUCAACAACAGAUUCCUUCCCAACAACAAUCACAGCAAGCACUACAACAGCAACAACAGCAACAGCAAUCGCAACAAUCAUCGCAACAAAUUAUUUCACAACCAUAUCGGAAAAGAAAUACAAUUGAGGAUUUUAAUGCAAGCUAUAAUGUUUCCAUACCACAAAGAAUUUACUUUACUACGACGUCUGGCUAUCCGAUAUCGGUUUUUUCAAUGAUACGUGGAGAAACCAGAAAACCUGCUGGAGAUACAUUGAUGAGUGUUCUAUCGAAAGAAUCAAACUUUUUCAAACUAAAGGAGACAUCUUAUGCACACUUGCUGCCGUCCAACUAUAUAUCACCAACGUCCGACAUUGAUGCCGGUGCUUCCAACAUGAUCAAAUACGAUCCGUUGUUUUUGGAUAAUUCAGAGUUGAAAACAGGAAAGCAUCGUACGGUGAUGAAUUUGACAGGCUACAAGAUCUCGAUCUUCCCUUACAUCAAGAAGGGUGCAAUCAAAGAGGAGUUGAACGAACAAUUCAGACAGAAGCACGAGUGGGUACAAACCGGUGUGACUCUGUACAAAAUUAGAAAACUUAAACGACAACUGAAAAAGGUUGCACUUAUUGCCGAUAUUGAAAUGUCCACCGUUGCUCUGUCGUACGUUCUCAUUGAGAAACUCAUCAUCAGAAAUCAAAUGACAAAGGCAAACUUUAAACUGUAUGCUGCCGGUUGUCUUUUGUUGGCUGCCAAAUUCAAUGAUCCAAAAGCACUAGAAUCUCUAGUACCACUUAUAGAGAAUUUGGAAAAGAAAUUUUCAAUUACAAAGAAAGAAUUACUGAGUAAUGAAUUCCAUAUCUACUCACAGGUGUCAUUUGGUUUAUUUGUUGAUUAUCACGAUGUUUUGCCACAUUACGCAAGAUUAAGAAGUGAAAUUUUGAAUGAUUCCAACUAUGAUCAAUCUUUCUUUGGUUCAGUGCCAGGUACAUUCAAUCGUCCAGCAGCAGGAGGCUCUUCAGGUUUAAAUGCCUAUAGUAUUCCAUCGAAUACCAAUGGUAAUGUAAAUAAGGGAGGUUACGUCUUUCCACCAUUUUCUGGAUAG